GGGUGUGUGCGGGAGAGCGAGCGUCCACGCCUUCGGGGCCAGAGAGAUACUGCGGUGGGCUUCUCCCGAGCCUCGGCCUUCGGCUGCUCGGUGCCCAGCCUGCCCGCGCCGCGUCUGGGAAGCUGCUCGGCUCUUUCUCCUGGCCGAGCCUUCCCCUCCAUCCUUUCAUCCACCCCUCGCCCAUCUUACUUUUUCUUUGACCCACCCGGCUGCAGCCAACCACCCCGGCAAGCGGUGCCCACGCCCGGGUGGUCUCCAGUGCUUCCCUACACCAACCUCUUCCCACCUGUCUUUCUGUGGCGUUCCUUUUCGAGCCAAUCCAAGGCUCACCCUUCCUUGGAAAUUGUUUUGCUGGACUGCUCUAUCGAGGCGAGCACAGCUCGAGGACUUAAUUAUUAUUUUGAUUCUUUUCAUUCCCUCCCCUCUGGGCAACGGAGCAAUGAAAUUUCCAAUCGAGACUCCAAGAAAGCAGGUGAACUGGGAUCCUAAAGUGGCUGUUCCUGCGGCAGCCCCACCCGUGUGCCAGCCCAAGAGUACCACUAACGGGCACCCUCCAGCUCCCCGCCUCUCCAUUUCCUCUCGAGCCACGGUGGUAGCCAGGAUGGAAGGUGCCUCCCAGGGGGGCCUGCAGACUGUCAUGAAGUGGAAGACCGUGGUUGCCAUCUUUGUGGUCGUGGUGGUCUACCUCGUCACGGGUGGCCUCGUCUUCCGGGCACUCGAGCAGCCCUUUGAGAGCAGCCAGAAGAACACCAUCGCCCUGGAGAAGGCAGAAUUCCUGCGGGACCACAUCUGUGUGAGUCCCCAGGAACUGGAGACGCUGAUCCAGCAUGCCCUUGAUGCUGACAAUGCAGGAGUCAGUCCAGUAGGAAACUCUUCCAACAGCAGCAGUCAUUGGGACCUUGGAAGUGCCUUUUUCUUCGCCGGGACAGUCAUCACCACCAUAGGGUAUGGCAAUAUUGCACCAAGCACCGAAGGAGGCAAAAUCUUUUGUAUUUUGUAUGCCAUCUUUGGGAUUCCACUCUUUGGUUUCUUAUUGGCUGGCAUUGGAGACCAACUUGGAACCAUCUUUGGAAAAAGCAUCGCGAGAGUGGAGAAAGUCUUUCGAAAGAAACAAGUGAGCCAGACCAAGAUCCGGGUCAUCUCAACUAUCCUGUUCAUCUUGGCCGGCUGCAUCGUGUUUGUGACAAUCCCUGCUGUCAUUUUCAAAUACAUCGAGGGAUGGACAGCGUUGGAGUCCAUUUAUUUUGUGGUAGUCACUUUAACCACAGUGGGCUUCGGUGAUUUCGUGGCAGGGGGGAAUGCCGGCAUUAAUUAUCGGGAGUGGUACAAGCCCCUGGUGUGGUUUUGGAUCCUUGUUGGCCUUGCCUACUUUGCAGCUGUUCUCAGUAUGAUUGGAGAUUGGCUGCGAGUUCUAUCCAAAAAGACAAAAGAGGAGGUUGGUGAGAUCAAGGCCCACGCAGCAGAGUGGAAGGCCAACGUGACAGCCGAGUUCCGGGAGACGAGGCGGCGGCUCAGUGUCGAGAUCCACGACAAACUGCAGCGGGCGGCCACGAUCCGCAGCAUGGAGCGCCGGCGACUGGGCCUGGACCAGAGAGCCCACUCGCUGGACAUGCUGUCACCAGAGAAGCGUUCCGUCUUUGCUGCCCUGGACACGGGCCGCUUCAAAGCCUCAUCGCAGGAGAGCAUCAAUAACCGACCCAACAACCUGCGCCUUAAGGGGUCGGAGCAGCUCAACAAACACGGGCAGGGCGCCUCUGAGGACAACAUCAUCAACAAGUUCGGGUCCACCUCCAGACUCACCAAGAGGAAAAACAAAGACCUCAAAAAGACCCUGCCUGAGGAUGUGCAGAAAAUCUACAAGACCUUCCGGAAUUACUCCCUGGAUGAGGAGAAGAAAGAGGAGGAGACUGAGAAGAUGUGUAACUCGGACAACUCCAGCACAGCCAGGCUCACCGAGUGUAUCCAGCAGCAUGCAGAGAUGGAGAACGGCAUGGUACCCACAGACACCAAAGACCAGGAGCUAGAGAACAACUCUUUACUUGAAGACAGAAACUAAAUGUUAAGGACACUGGAUGAGGACUAAGUGUUGUGUGGUCUUUUGUUUUAUUUUUUAAAUAUUACACUGAGACAUGUGCCUUAAACAGACUUCUUGUUAGUCCAAAAUUACAUAGCAUUGAAGAAUAUAUUUCACUGUGCCAUAAAUGACUGAGAGCUUGCUCUGCCAAAAUGAAUCAAAGAACAAGAACUUCAUUUCAAACAGCAGCUGCGGGACACACAGGGGGCAUUCACACACGUAGCAGGUUGGGGCUGCACAUGGGAAGGGGGUUCCCAUAGCGAUGCUGUGCCGCCGGGUGGUGUCGCCUCAGCUCGGCGUGCAGACAAGGGCAGCUAUUCCUUAGACUAGCCUCUGAAGGGA